GACCCCACCAUCUGGGGGCACCAGGGAAAGGGGAGGCGGGGGAUGGUGAACACAGCUCUGCUAAAGACCCCCUGCAGCCCGCCACCUGACCCUCUCUGGACUCAGGCAAGGACGGAACUGACGCCCUGGGUGGCCAGGGCAGCCCUCCCCGUCCAGCCACCUGGCCUGGCCUUCCUCCUUCUGUGCCUCCUUUCUUUCAUCAAAUUCAGCUGAUACUUGGGGUCACCUAGUAGGUACCAAGCAGGCACCAUGGGGCAACAUAGUUGCACAAGUGAUACAGAGCUAUCCAGAGGCCCCAGGCCAGACUGCAGGACACUGCAGCCUCCCUGGGGAAGCAGCAGUGUCAUAGAGAUGGUUGGAUUCAAGCAGAGAGUGUCUUGAGAGAGGAAAGGGAAUGAGCCUGAGGCAGGAGGAUCCCUCCUCCAGACUCCAACAGCAGGAUUCCUUUGAUAAGAUUCUCAGAUGCUGCUUCCCCCUGGUGGUAACCAGUUGCCCUGCAACUCAGAGACCACGUGAUUUCGGGGAAAAGGACCUCCCUGGAGGAGAACUGAAACUUAGGGUGGGGACUGUAGAAAGGGGCGGAGAGAUCCAGAAGCUGCCUAGCUGGGAGCUGAGCUGAGGUCGGCUGAGCCCUGGGACAGCCUGCACAUCUAGCAGCUCAGGAUGGCCUCAGGCAGGGCACGCUGCACCCGAAAGCUCCGGAACUGGGUGGUGGAGCAAGUGGAAAGCGGGCAGUUCCCAGGAGUGUGCUGGGAUGAUGCAGCCAAGACCAUGUUCCGGAUUCCCUGGAAGCAUGCAGGCAAGCAGGACUUCCGGGAGGACCAGGAUGCUGCCUUCUUCAAGGCCUGGGCGAUAUUUAAGGGAAAGUACAAGGAGGGGAACUCGGAAGGCCCCGCUAUCUGGAAGACUCGUCUGCGCUGUGCUCUCAACAAGAGUUCUGAGUUCGAGGAGGUUCCCGAGAACGGCCAUCGGGAUGGGGCUGAGCCCUACAAGGUGUACCGGCUGCUGCCACCAGGAGCCCUCCCCACUCAGUCAGGGACCCAGAAAGCACCAGCAAAGCGACACCACAGUUCUGUGUCCUCUGAGAGGAAGGAGGACGAGGUUACCUCGAAGAACUGCACACUCAGCCCCUCCUUGCUCCAGGACUCCCCCAAAAAUGAGUUGGUGGAGACCAAUGGGGCAGCGGGCCAUUCGGACGUCGGGAGCAGCAGCAGCAGCAGCAACAGCCCUGAGCCUCAGGAAGGUAGGGACACAGCUGAGGCCCCUUUCCAGGAAAAUCUGGUGUCCCUGGAGCUUCUGCCCCCUCCAGGUUCAGACUACUCGCUGCUGCUCACCUUCAUCUAUGACGGACAUGUGGUGGGCAAGGCCCAGGUGCAGAGCCUGGACUGCCGCCUCGUGGCUGAGCCCUCAGUCUCCCAGUGCGGCAUGGAACAGGUGAUAUUUCCCAAACCCGGCCCACGAGAGCCCACCCAGCGCCUGCUGAGCCAGCUCAAGAGAGGCGUCCUGGUGGCCAGCAACUCCCGAGGUGUCUUCGUGCAGCGCCUUUGCCCCAUCCCCAUCUCUUGGAACGCGCCCCAGGCUCCACCUGGUCCGGGCCCGCACCUGCUGCCCAGCAAUGAGUGCGUGGAGCUCUUCAGAACCACCUGCUUCUGCAGAGAUGGAGCAGGCCUUUGCCCGACAUUUACUGAAGAAGAUGCCAGAGGAGCAGGCAGCCACCCUGUCCCUGGUGCAGAGCCUGGAGGACCUGGCCUCCUCCUCCCCUCUCUGUUCCUCCUAUCUGCUUUGAGAGAGCCUCAUCCUCCACUCUGUCGACCUGCCUCCCACAGUGAUUGGUUGUCUGUGAUGAUUUUGUCCUUGAACUCCUCAUGGACCCUGUUUGGUGGGGAACUCAAGGAUGACUUUUUUUUUUUAAUUUUGAGAUACACUCUUUUUCAUCUCUGUGGAACUGAACUGAAAAAGUCCAGAUGGCAUGAACUCAGGGGGCUUUUCCCUCUGCCUGCAACCCUAAAACCUAGCACUUUACUCUUUCUUCUUGGAUCUUCACUAAGGAUUUAAAAUAAAAGUUUAUGGAAAAAGGAAUCAGCAUCGGAUUUGUUGAGAGAAGAAGGCAGCAGAGUCACAGAGAGAUGAUGGAGAUGUAACCUGAGGGCAGGGCACUUGGGUUCUCUUCCUGCUGGCGUCUCUGGGCCCCUUCCCUCUCCUUCACCCACAGGUUCUGGCUUAGGAAGCUGUCUGGCCUCUGCGGGUUCUGGGCCUGGCUCUCUGUACCCUCUAGGCAACCAGGAUUAGGAAGAGGGUUGGG